UGAAGAUGGCAGUGCGCUACGAGUUGGCAAUCGGUCUUAACAAGGGCCACAAGACCUCCAAGAUCCGGAAUGUCAAGUACACCGGCGACAAGAAGGUCAAGGGUCUGCGUGGAUCUCGCUUGAAGAACAUCCAAACCCGUCACACCAAGUUCAUGCGCGAUCUGGUGCGUGAGGUGGUGGGCCAUGCUCCCUACGAGAAGCGCACCAUGGAGUUGCUGAAGGUGUCCAAGGAUAAGAGGGCCCUGAAGUUCCUCAAGCGCCGCCUGGGCACACACAUCCGUGCCAAGAGGAAGCGUGAGGAGCUGUCCAACAUCCUCACCCAGCUGAGGAAGGCCCAGACCCACGCCAAGUAAACGGAUGGAAUCUAAUUCGGAAUCGGAAAAAGCAUUUGGAACGCCGUGUUGUGUUUUCCAUUUUUUUCCGGUGUGAACAUAUACCCAAAAAUAUAUGUCGACGUUACUUGAGAGCGAGUCUAAGCAUCCCAGAAUUAAACAACAAAAAACCCUUUAAAAAUCACAA